AUUGACGUCGACUUAUUGUAUUUUUACAAAUGGCUACAUCUGGUGUAAUUGUCAAUUUGUUGAACGAUUGGUCGGUCCUUUCUCGAGCUCUUGUUCAUAAAUUUUACGUUUAUUUGUAUAAUAUGUGGCUCUUAUCGGAUAUCAGCUGAGAGUAUUGAAGCUUGUUUAUCCAUAUACAAUUUGCGAUGUUAAGAUGAUUCCAUUAAAAGACAAUCAGGAUGUGGCAUCAUUCCUUGUCACCAAACACUCAUGGAGGGGGAAGUACAAACGAGUUUUCUCCAUUGGCACUCAUGGUAUUACCACAUACAACCCGGAUUGUUUGGAGGUAACCAACAAAUGGCUGUAUGCAGAUGUAGUCACUAUUGCAUCCGCAAAACAUUCAAAUUCGACCGCCAACCAUGACUUUACGCUUGUCAUGAAAAAAGAAAAGAAAGUGGAUUCGAUGAAGUUUUCUUCGGAACACAAAUGUUUGAUUCUCACUGAGGCUUUUAAGUACAGACAUGCAUUCGCUGAAAAACCUAAGGAUAUUUAUAGAUACCAAGCUUACAAACACCAUUGGAGUGGGACUCGUCUGCCAGUAGUACUAGAAGUUGGUCCUUGCGCCUUAGAACAGCUGGACCCAUCCACACAUACUUUACUCGCCAGCUAUCCAUACUGCGAUAUGCAAGGAAUACUACCAGUCCGAGACGUACCAGGCGGCUUUGUGCUCGCCGUCGGAGGCUACAGCAGACUCCAUCUCUUCUCCAAUGCCAUGGACCAUCAGAUUAUCAUCAACAAAAUGCUAGAAAUGGCAAGCCUUACUCUAAGCAUCAGUAUCAAAGUCUUGUCUACGAUGAUAACAUUAGACGAUUAUCAUGACCAGAGAUUUGGAAAAUACAGUGGUGACCAACAUCAGACCUCUCUAAGCGAAUUUAUAGUUCACAAAGUGAACCCAGCUCGCCACAUGGAGCCGAUGCGACGGACACUCUGCCUCUCUGACACCUGCAUACUGGAGCGGGAUCCACAGACAUACUCUGUGGUAUGCUUGCGUCCGUUGAGCGACGUAUUCGCUUUAGUACGGGACACGGAACAUCCACAGAAGUUCUCCAUCGAAUAUCUAAAUGGACAGACACGUACAUAUUUAGCGGGAGAAAGGGAUGCGUUACUGGCAUCCUUGCUAGACGGCGUGAGGUCCGCUGGGCAGCGCGAUGUACACGUGCGCUCUGUACCUACUCCUCGGGGCUACCGUUUGGGACCUCUACACCAACCAGUUGACGAGGAGACUGAGUCCAAUCACCUCAGAUUAUUCCAGAACCCAGUGGGCAUGUCUCGCGCCGAGGUGAUAGAACGAUUCAACGCUAACGUGGGCUACAGCGGCCUUAUAUACUCCGUCAGCCAAGACCGUCUGUUCGCGGAGAACAAGGAGAAGUUGAUCACUGGCGCUUUGUCCGCGCUGGUGAGCAGUGCGCCUUCUGGCAGCAACUUAACGCCCCGCGAGCUUGAAGCACAGUUCCACGCGCUGAGAAGACUUUGUGCCAGCAAAGUUGGAUUUGCUGCCUUCACUGCGUUACCUGGUUUUCGAGAAUGGAUCGGCACGGCGACAGUGGCGGCACUGCGGCGUGGCUCGGCGGCGUGCGCUCACGCCGCGCUCGACGCAGUAUGCGCCCUCUUACAACCAAUGCACGCGGAACCAGACCUGCGGCAGGAACAGCUGAACAAAGCCAGCAUGCUGUCGUCUUCUACAUUCCUCGAAGGCCUGCUCACUAUGUGGGCUGAUCAUGUCACUGGCGGCAGCGGUGCCUUAGUAGUGGCGGCCAUGUUGGAUUUCCUGACGUUCGCACUGUGCGUACCCUACAGUGAGACUACGGACGGCAAGCAAUUCGACCAGCUGUUGGAAAUGGUCUCCAAGAGAGGACGGGUGCUGUUCAAGCUAUUUGAGCACCCUUCGAUGGCGAUAGUGAAGGGCGCGGGGCUGGUGAUGCGCGCGCUGGUGGAGGAGGGCAGCGCCGCGGUGGGCGGGCGCAUGCAGGGCCUCGCCCUCGCCGAGGCCGCGCUGCCGCGACAUCUGCUGGCCGCGCUCUACGCGCCGCCCCGACUGCAGCACCGACAUCUUGCCAGGCAUCUCGUCGCGCUAUGGCUUGUCGACCAUGCGCCCGCGCAUUGCUUGAUGCGACGGAUCAUGCCAUCAGGUCUGCUAGCAUUCCUGGAGUCCCCGGACGCGCCCCCGGCAGUGGCAGAGAGCGACGUGGAGCCCGAGCGCGACAACUUGUCGCUGGCGCAGGCCAGCGUCAAGCCGCGCGCUCAACACUGGGAGGCGCUCGAGAGGCAGGUCAAGUACGUCGAGAAACAUUUAGAGCACUACGCCCAACUUGCCCUCCAACAUUGGGCAGCUCGCCUGGGCCGUCCGGCGACGGAGCGGAGGGACGCGGCCCGGGAACGUCCCGUGGUACUGCGGAGACGCAGGGAACGGGUCAAGUCAACUGCCAACUGGCCACUGUUCUACUACCAGUUUCAUAAAGACCAUGCACUCCCUAACCUUAUAUGGAAUCAUACUACACGAGAAGAACUUCGUAACGCUUUGGAAAACGAACUUCGAGCGUUUACAUCGGACAGAGAAGUGGCCGGUACGACCCUGACAUCAUGGAACCAUGCUGAGCUGGAGGUCCACUACCAGUGUCUGCAGAACGAGGUCAAGAUCGGGGACUACUAUCUCAGAAUACUUCUGGAACAGAGGGAUAAUGAUGACAGCCCUAUUAGAAAGUCCUACGAAUUCUUCAACGACCUAUACCACCGGUUUCUAUCGACACCUAAAAUCGAAAUGAAGUGUAUGUGUUUACAAGCAAUGAGCAUUGUGUAUGGACGGUACUACGAGGACAUCGGACCCUUUGCAGACACCAAGUAUAUCGUGCAAAUGUUGGAUAGGACAUGUGAUAGAAUGGAAAGAGAUAGAUUAGUUCAGUUUUUAUCGAAAUUAAUAUUACACAGAAGAAAUGUUAGCGAUAUUUUAGAAUGGAAUGGUGUUAGGAUCCUAGUAGAAUUAAUGACACUGGCACACUUGCACACGUCCCGCGCCACGGUGCCGACACAGAGCAACGUCAUCGAAGGGCCGCAGCAACAAACCGGCGGGGACCGAGAGUGGUACUACAACGUCGAUCAAGGAGAUAAAGUGCAGAGGAAAGGACCUGUUAGCUUUCAACAGUUAAAAGAUCUAUACAAAUCAGGGGAGAUAAACAACAAGACGAAGGCGUGGGCCAACAGUAUGGAGGGCUGGCGUGCAGUGGGCGGCGUGGCGCAGCUGAAGUGGACGCUGGCGGCGCGGGGCACCGCCGUCUACGACGAGAGCGCGCUCGCCGCCACCGUACUCGACCUGCUCAUUACUUGCGCCAGAUACUACCCCAGCAGGGACGAAGAGGACGCAGUUAUAAGACCAUUACCAAAAGUAAAGCGAAUGCUAUCUGAACCAGCUUGUCUGGCGCAUGUUGUACAACUGUUACUCACAUUUGAUCCAAUUCUCGUCGAAAAGGUAGCAACUCUCCUGUACGAAGUUAUGCAAGAUAAUCCUGAAAUUUCAAAGUUAUAUUUGACCGGAGUAUUCUACUUCAUGUUGUUAUACACAGGAUCGAACUUGUUGCCGAUUGCGAGGUUCCUUAGAUUGACUCAUAUGAAACAAGCGUUCAGAGCUGAUCAGUCAAGUUCAGAUAUAAUGCAGAGGUCGAUAUUAGGCCAGUUACUGCCAGAAGCAAUGGUUUGUUACUUAGAAAACCACGGCGCCGAGAAAUUCGCGCAGAUCUUCCUCGGAGAGUGGGACACGCCUGAGGCUAUAUGGAACUCUGAAAUGAGACGGAUGCUAAUAAUGAAGGUAUCAGCUCACAUUGGGGAGUUCACCCCCCGGCUCCGCGCCCACGUGGCGGCGCGGUACCCGUACCUGGCCAUCCCAGCAGUCUGCUACCCUCAGCUGCAGCAUGAGCUGUUCUGCAACAUGUUCUAUCUACGACAUCUUUGUGAUACGCAACGAUUCCCCGAUUGGCCUAUACCUGAUCCCGUUGGUCUUCUCAAAGACGUAUUAGAAGCGUGGCGACGUGAAGUAGAGAAGAAACCUCCGUCCAUGACAGCGGGCGAGGCGUACGCCGCCCUAGGCCUUACUACUGGUCAACACGACGAGGCCGCAGUGCGCAAAGCUUACUAUAGACUUGCGCAACAGUAUCAUCCUGAUAAAAAUCCUGAAGGAAGGGAUCGCUUCGAAGCCGUCAACCAAGCGUACGAGUUCCUUUGCAGCCGUAACGUAUGGACCGGUGACGGACCUAACACCAACAAUAUUGUUCUCAUACUCAGAACACAGACUAUACUCUUCCAAAGAUACUCUGAAGUGUUGGCCCCGUACAAGUACGCGGGCUAUCCUCAGUUACUGCGCACGGCGCGGCUGGAGGCGGAGGCCGAGCAGUUGUUCGCGGAGCGGGACUCCGCCCCCCUGCUGCCCGCCGCCUGCGAGCUGGCACACGCCACCGUGCGCUGCUCCGCGCUUAACGCCGAGGAACUGCGCCGGGAAGGAGGUUUACAGGUCCUGCACGAGGCGAUGUCCCGCUGCGUGCCGGUACUGUCGAGCGCGCGCGGCCCGACCGACAUAUCUGCGCAAGUAUGUGCGCACGCGGCGCGCUGCUUCGCUGUGGCGGCCGCCUUCCCCGCCUGCCGCGCCCUCUGUGCUGAGAUGCCGCAACUAUGCGUUGAUCUAGUGCCACUGCUCAAAAGACCCAACCUGGGCGAGACAGCAUGCGCGGGCGCGGCGGCGGUGGGCGGGCUGGCGGCGGAGGCAGGCUGCCGCGCGGCGCUGGCGCGGGCCGGCGCGCUGCAGGCGCUGCUGCCCUCCGCGCUGCGGUACGACUACACGCUCACUGAGUCCGGCCUCGACACGGACGCUAACCCUAACAAACAGGAGAUAGCAAAUCAAUUAGCAAAGCAGUGCGUGGUAGCGCUAGCUGCGAUGUACGGGCCUCAUACAACGCCCUCACCGUUGGACGAGAACAUACAGAACUCUCUGCAUUUGUUACUGACGCCGUAUCUGUGUGGGAGACUGGCGGAACCUGAUCAACAUGAGCUCCUAAAAACCCUAACAUCGAACUGGCGCACGCCCUAUUUAGUAUGGGACAACAGUACGCGCGCUGAACUGAAGGAUGUACUGCGCAAAUCACGCCCUCUAAUGGAGGAUGAGGGACCAAUCAUUGAGCCCUUCACAUACUCAGCUCAUGAGGGACUUGUGUCUGUCGGAGGAGUGUACAUAGAUAUUUAUAAUGAACAGCCCGACUUCCCUAUUGAGAAUCCACAGCAGUUUAUCCUGGAGUUACUGAAGUUCAUCCAGGAAGAGACACAGAACGACAUGACGCCGGAGAGGGUGCAACAGGUCACGUACGCAUUGACUGCACUCGCCAACGUCAUUAUUAAGAAUCCUGGUACGGAGAUCCAAUGCAUCGGUCAGUUCGGUUUGAUCUUCGGAUUAUUGUCUGCGCGGGCUCACCCGCAGCUGCAGGAGGGCGCGCUGCGCGUAGUGGGCAGCGCCGGGGCGCGGCGCGAGUGUGUGGAGGACGUCGCCGCCAGCGCCGUGCUGGGACAUCUACUGGCAUUGCUGGCUGAGAGACCGCCAAGACCUGCUACCCUAACGGCUCUCGCUGCCUUACUCGCCAAUACUGCUAUAGUUAGAGAAGCUCUUAACAAAGGUGCUGUGAUAUACUUGUUAGAUCUGUUCUGUAAUAGUAAACUGCCGGAGACGAGAGAGGCAGCAGUUGAACUGUUGGCUAGAAUGAUGGCAGACAAAUUACAUGGACCCAAGGUUCGUCUAACAAUAUCUCGGUACAUUCCGGGCGUGUUUGCGGAAGCGAUGCGCGAGUCCAGCGCCUCGAAUGCAGUACACAUGUUCGAUGCCCAGCACGAACACCCUGAACUCGUCUGGACUGAUGACACGAGGCGAAGACUUGCCACACACAUCGCGCAACUAAGAGACCGACACCAAUCCGACCAGCUGCGUUCCCCUAACGCGACGUUCGAGGACCGCGAGACACUAGAGCGCGCUGCGUCCGGCGAGCAGGCGUGGGCGCCGCCCGGCGAGGUCGUCGUCGACGGGGUCUACCUCAAGCUGUACCUGCAGAACCCUCACUGGAACCUACGCAGUCCUAAGCGGUUCCUCCAGGAAUUGCUAACGGAGACUAUUGCAGCGGUCAAUAAAGAUGCUUCAGAGGGUGGUCGCGGGGAGACGUGUGCGCUGGCGCUGUGCGCGGCACUGCGCGCGCGGCCGGCGCUGGGCGAGGUGUGCGCCCAGCUGGGGGAGGUGCCGCGCCUGGCGCGCCUGCUGCCGCGCGCGCCCCGCCUCGCCGCGCCGCUACUCGCCGCGCUCGCGCCCACACAGGCAUGUGUAGUGGCCCUGUCGCAGACGGACGUGAUGUCGGGCAUAAAGACGGCGGUGCAGUCGUGCAGGGAGGCGGUGGGCUCGGCCUGCGAGGCGCUCGCACUCAUAUUCUCCAGCAACGCCAAUACUGACCGACUGGUCUUACAGGCACUAGAAACAGAUCUAAUAGGCGAGCUGCUGUCCCUGCUGGAGAGCCGGCUGGACGGCGCGACGGCGGCGCAGCUGGUGCGGGCGCUGAAGGCGAUGGCGCGGUCUGCGCUGCACGGCGAGCGCGUGCGCGCCCUGCUCGCGCGCUCCGCCGUCUGGGAGCACUACAGCGCGCAGCGACACGACCUCUUCAUCACCGCCGCGCCGCAGAAUAACUUACUCACAGGCGCCCCUCACACGGCGGGCUACCUGACGGCGCCGCCGUCCAGUAUCCCGGCGCAGCCGCCCCCCAUCGACUGACCACGCAGCCCCGCGCUACACAGUACUGCCAGUACUCGCCCCCGCCUCAAUACAAACACACGCAUGUUUCUGAAAGAACAAUAUUGCUGAUCAACCGACUAACGCUCUAGUAAGUGUACUAUAGAAUCUCUCAUUACUGAAAAACUACUCUUUUACAUCGAACAUUCUAAAAAACUUCAUUUGUAAAAAAUAAAAGUAGUUUGGAGUUUUUACCUGCUAUAUAGAAUGAAAAAUGUUUCAUAUUAUACAGUAAAAUAGUUCAGCCGUACGCGCCUUUCAGAAACAAGUAGUUAUAGCGAAUUUGUCUUGGCGUACUCCGCGACCUGUCGCUAUAAUUUCAGUGUCGGAUACCGUAACAUUUAUAUGUAUUAUAGCAAUACUUCUAUAAUGCGCUUAAAGUUCAAAUUCGUGUGAAUUUCGUUUAGCCAUCGAAUGUAGUACUAACAAGGCAAAUUCAAUUGUACUUAUGUAAAAAUAGUUAAGCUGCUGGUCUUUUAUUUCGUAAGCGGUUCGUCGAUGUCUCAUUGUAAAUUAAAAGUAUACUAUAUGAACACAAUAUCCGACCAGUGUGUGGUACGCUCGAAGUAUUAACAGCCAAAGUUAUGUGUAUGUAUUUCUGUUGUUUGUCUAAAAUAGAAUUUGUAUAAAAGUUUGAUCUCUAACGAAAGGCAAAUAUUGUUUACAUCAUUCCUAAUAACGUUAGCGACAUAAGAUUUUUAUAGGAUUCGCACUUUUUUAUGAAUGUAGAUUAGUGAAUAUUAUGGAAGAAAUCGCACUUAUAUAGUGCUAAACAAAUAAUUAUUGUUUGCUUAUAAAUAUUAAUGAUACUCUUUAUUGCCGGCGAUUUUUAUGUACCAAUGAUAAUUGUGAUUUUAUAGCAAUAUUAACUUAGCAAUUGCAAUAAUUUGUCAUAUUACCACGUGAUAUAAUAUAUGUCGAUUUCCUGGUUUCCGCAUUAACACAAAUCGUCUAGCGAAAUUAAUGUAUGAUAUUCAUGUCAAUAACGUAAUAAAUUUCGCACUUUUUUACGAAAAUAGUAUUUAAAUAUUUAUAUAUUUGUAUGUACCUAAUAGUCUGUGCGUUCAUGACAUAGUGCACUAGUACAGUUUUUAUAUGUGUAUCCGCUACAUAUAAAAGCUUUCUUGCCAUGUUUAGUUGUUGUAUUGAGACUGAAAAUCAAUUAAUAAAUCAUUUCAAUUUCGGCACUAAAAAUUUAGGUAUACGAAGUCUCUGAGGCUUUUGGUGUAACA